AUGGCAGCGGAGGCUUCCGGCGGUGAAGCUGUCGCCUCGGCGAAGCGGCCCUUCAGCUUCCUGGACUUGCCCACCGAGACGCAGGAGGACAUCAUCUCUCACUGUUCCCAGAGCGACCUGAUAUGCUUGGCCCUCGUGUCCAAACGCAUGCAUGAACUCGCAUCCACCCAGCUCUAUCGUAACUUCCACAUCGUGUUUCCCGACGACGACGAUGUCAAUUUCGACUCCCCCAUCGAUGGCCUCGCCGGCGGUCUUGACACAUUCACCACCAGCGAGUACAACUACGCCAAGCACCUGCGCGACCUCUCCAUGGAUACGCUGAGCGCUGGCGUCAAGGGAGAGCAGUCCUACCAACCGUAUCUCUACUCGGCCAGCUGCGGCAAGUUUCUCAACACUCUGCUCUAUCUUACGCUCAAGAAGGCAAAGUCGCUUGAAGCAUUCAGAUGGAACAUUCGCGUCGAGCUCAGCCGACCCGUCUACCGCGAACUUCACCGGAUAGCGUCACUCACCAAAUUGCACAUUCGCAUGCAAGCUGGAGAGUCAUACUACAACCAUCCGCCGCCUUUGCCUGUAUCCCCGGAUCCGCACACCCAGCCCACCACAGGUCACUGGUCUGCGCCGCCAGUUGGGCCAUCUUCCUCGCUAUUCUCUUCAGCCACCGUCCAAACCUCAUCUCCGCCGCAGAUCCCAGGCGGUCCCCCUCCAGUCUUGGAACCGCAGUCUCGCCUGUCGGCCAGGAGCUCGUCAUCAAAACGUGGUACGGGGACGAAAGAGCCGUCCACGUUUUCAGGGUUCAAGAACCUCAAGAGCCUCAGUGUCUUGGACAUCGAUGGCCUCGACGCCGUCUCGGAGCUCAGGACAUGCGUUAAGAACUCGUAUUCUACCCUGAAGGAACUCCAGUUGUCUCUGUCCGAUUCAUUGGCACAACAGGCCCGAAAGCCUCCUCCGGAGUCCGACGCCGACGACUCCGAUGUCGACGAUGAUUUCCACGUGGUUCCAGCGUCACAAAACACCAACUAUGACACGACUGGCCCUGCCAAGGCAUUUCGCGCACAGGAGGAGCGCAAGUUCCAAGAGGCUAUUCUGGGUCGGAUUCUCGAUGUGGAGCAGACAUUAACAAAGAAAUCCCCCAUGCAGCAGUAUAACGCACAGGAUGGUUCUUCUACCGAUAAAGGCAAAGAUGUCGACACGGAAGCCAACAGCAAUGACCCUCGCGAGGCAUUUGUUUCGUCGAUCAGGAAGGCAUGUACAAAGCUCAUGGCUUUGCAGCAAGGCUCUCGCGAAUUUACCAUCGCGCAACAGGACAUAUUGGACACAAUCGAAAGGGCCGCGAGAAAAUAUGUUGACUCAGCCGAUGCACCACCGAAGAGCAGCGACGUAACGAGCUCACCGGAAUUGCCUGGUGAGCUUGGCCUCGACGAUGACCAGCAAGCCAUGCCCACUCUGGCUCUGAGGCCCAAGGUCGAUGCCGACAUGCCGAAAGAGGUACCCAAUCUACAAGUCGGGGAGCAAAGCUCCACGGCCAAUGGAGCAGCUACAGGCCCCUUGCCACCCGGUCCACGAACGACGGAAGACACUAGGCUUGAUGGAGAAGAGCCGUCACCAGACGACAUCGACAUCGCACACGUUCAUACAAUUGCGGAUGAGCUGGAAGGCUCGGUAGAUGAGCCAUCAGAUCCGCUUACAACGGACGAGGACACCUUAAAAACUCUGUCGGGGACUAGAAAGCCGGAUCCAAGCAUGUCCGAACUGACGAGACUGCUUUGUACCGGGACCGACCCCCUCGUGUUGGCGGAAGCUGCAGAUGAAUGGGACCGCCAGUGGACAGAGAAGAAGGCCAGGUUGGAACCGCUAACCGAUAGGCUGCGGUUGUUGCAGAGUCAAACCAACAUCUUGUCACAGCAGGUGGACAGAUUGCGCUCAAAAGGCGUCGACCCCAACUGCCCCGAGAUGCAGCUCCUGCUGUCAAAGAUGCAUAUGCUGAACAGGAACGUGACGGAGAUUUUCGAUGACGUGCGAGCGGUCGAGGACGACGUGGGCACGGUUUCCGAGGUGCUGUCCGCGGAGCUGUCAGGGGUCAGCCCGACAAGCGACAGGUUGCGGCGGUACAUGGAUGCAUACAUGCGCGAGACCCGUGGCCUGGCUCUGGAGACGCUUAAGAUCCACCUCAUUCCCGUCAAGGCCUCUGCUCUAUCUCGCGGUGUCGACCUGGCGUGUCUCAAGCAGCUCACGCUGCUCAACGUGGGUAGCCAGACCCCGAUCUGGGCGCUGCUGGCCAAAGAGGGGAAGACACGACCGCUUGCUCUGCGGACUGUCUUUACUGAUCACGUCACGACGACAUUUUUGUCCUGCAUGGCGCAGCUUCCCGAGCUUCACGACCUGUUCCUCUUGGAAAGAGGCCUCAAGCACAAGCCAGAGAGUUUUGCGCCGCGGACAACAACGACGAUUGAUCAGAUCCGGCGCCUAGUCCUGAAGAAGCAUAUGCACACGCUGAAACGCCUGAUGAUCAAGGAUGAGUCUAACGGGCCGAAUUGGGAUGCGAACGAAAAGACAAUGAUUCUUAUAUGCACGCGCGGCGCAAACCUGGAGGAGCUGGCCUUGAGCAUGAAUAUCCACGCUGUGCACGCGUUCAUGCAGUAUUUCUCGGGACUGAUCAAUCUGCGCGCCAUCAACAUCCUUCACUUUAGAAACAACGACACCUGCAUCUGGGUGAUGCGGGAGAUCUUGAGGUUCAUCGUCGACAACUUGUCGCACCAUCCGGAGCUGAAGCUCGAGUGGAUCGCCAUGGAGGACGAGCGAGUAGAGCGGGUCGUGAGGCCAUCUGAGACGCAGGAUAAGGUCCGCCAAGAUGAGCCCGCCAACAGAUCCAAGGGCAAGGGCAAGGAGAAGUCGCACGUGCUGGCGGGAGCGGUGAUGGACAACACAUACCCGCUGCUGCCGGUCGACGGCUUGGACUCGGAUUCGGAUAGUGAAGACGAGUCCCGUGAUGACGGGAGACGACUCCGAUUCCAGACAUUUGGCCCGCUGCAGUUCUACGACUUGUGGGGUGUGAAGAUAUUUGAAAAGGAGAUUCGCAGUGGGCGCCUAUGA